AUGAAGACCUCUGUGACUUUGGUGCUGGCCGCCGUGGCACUGAUGGGCCUGGCCGCUGGACACAGCCGUGAAAGACGAGACACAGCUAGCAAGGAGUUCCUCCUCCGGCAGAAGAAACUUCUGCGGCUCAUAUGGCAUGUCGGACAACCUGCACUGCAUCCUGAACUGAAGGAGAUGGCCAGUUCCUUUAAGUUUGAUGAGCACCUUGGAGACUUCAAGGAUCCAGAAAUUGUCAACAAAUUCGUCAAUUACUACGCACACGGCUACAUCAAGAAGCGCGGCGAACAGCUGCCGGCCCACUACAAGUACGACGAGCUGCAGGUCAAGGCACUCGUCGAACUCCUGUACUCCGCCAAGGACUUCGACACCUUCUACGAGACAGCCGCCUGGGCCAGGGAACACGUGAACGAGGCUCUGUUCCGCUACGCAAUCAACGUCGUUAAGCUGCACCGCGACGAUCUUUUCCACCUCGCGCUGCCGCCCUUCUACGAGCUCUACCCCCAGCUCUUUGUCAGUAAUGACAUCAUCAAGGAGGCGUGGCAAGCUGCUCUACAAGGGAAGACUUUCAACAAGGGGCAGCCGUACGUGAUCCAUGCCAACUACAGCGGCCCCCCUUAUGCUGACGAAGCUGACGAGCUGCUGUCCUACUACACUGAGGACGUGGGCCUGCUCGCCUUCCGAGACUUCAUGCACUACCGCUUCCCUUUCUGGGCCAAGAUGGAGGACUACAACCAGGCCAACGACACCAACCGAGGUGACCACUUCUCCUACGAUAUCAAGGCCACCCUCAGCCGGUAUUACCUAGAGAGGCUCUCGAACCACCUCCCUGACAUCGAACCGCUUGACUUCGAGGAACCAGUCCCAGGAGUCGAGCCGGACAGCUCACUCACACGGUACCUCAGCACAGUGGAGGAAAGGCUUUGGGAAGCAAUCGAUUCUGGAUACGUACUUGACGUAAGUGAAACUUGGUCUUAUUUUACAAAAAUGUUUAAAGCCAGUUCAUAA